AUGUCGAUCAAAAGUAAAAAGACGAAAAUUCAUUCAAAUCAAUGUCGAAUAUGUAAUGUUCCAGCUGAAUAUUCUUAUUUUGGUGUUAUUUCAUGUCAUGCAUGUAAAAUGUUUUUUAAAAGAAAUGCUAUUACUGGACAGGUAGCAUUUGUAUGUGAUUUUGGUGGUCAAUGUGAAAUAAAUAUAAAUACUCGUCAUGUAUGUUCAUCAUGUCGACUUACUAAAUGUUUUAAAUGUGGAAUGAAUAUUGAUAAAUUACAAACAUCAAGACAAACGAAACCAAAAGGAAGUAUUUCAGUGAAGAAACAAAUACAGGAUCAAUUAGUGAUGUUGCCAACAUUAAAUAUUUUACGAUCAGAUCAAUCAUUAUUAACAACUAAUCAAUGGACACUUCUCACAAAUUUAUUUUAUUGUUAUAAAGAAUCACAAAUGUUACCGUUCAUUCAACGUUUAAUAGAUACAGACAAUGCUUCACAAUUCACUUAUGCCAUUUAUGAAGUACUUGUAGAUGAAUUCUUAGUAUCUGUUUAUGAAACAGCAGGUGCAUAUCUUCGUUCCAAUGAUGAUCUUCGUUAUUUAGCAUUUGAUGAACGUUCUAUCAUACUUCGUAAUGCAGCUAAUAGUGUAUGUUGCAUAGGUGGUUCAUUCAUAAUGCAAUAUUGCCAUUUAUAUGGUCUCAAUUCUUUCCUAACAGCUAUGAACAUAAAGUAUGGAACGCGUACAAUGGAUAUUCAUAUUGAAGCAAGAAAAUAUAUUGAUUCAGAUAUUGUAUUGAUCAAACUAUCAAUUUCAUUAUUUGCUUUCUGUGAAAAUACUUAUUGUUAUCAUUCAAGUAACAAGGAAGACUUUAUCAAUUCUAUUGAGAUUUUCAGGAUUCAAACCAAAUAUGCAGAAAUAACAUGGAAAUAUCUUCUUUAUAGAUAUGGUUAUCAUGAUGCAGUCAAACGAUUUCUUAAUAUAGCUCUUUGGCUUACUUCUAUGAAUAUUUUAGCAUUUCAUGCUCAAAGUUUAACAACACAUCUUAAUGAUAUUGGUUCAAUUAUUGAACAAACUGAAAUGAACCUUCUAUUAGAUGAUGUUGAAGAAAUAAUUGAAGCAAACCAGUAA